UUAAAUAACACAUGGAUAGGCUAUAUUCACUCAAGUGCCUUGCAAAAGUAUUCAAACCUCUGACCAGUUCUCUCAUAUUACUAAAUCACAGAUAUAUUUCAAAACACUGUCAAGGAAAUUAUUUACUUCCACUGGCCUCCACCUGUGAACCAAUGGAGUAGCAGUUGUGAUUUGGCGAUUAUAAUGAAGGGCUAAUAUACCGACAACACACUGAAAAACUAAAACUUUCUCUCACUGUCUAUCUCACCAGCUGCAAUUGGAUAUAAUGUUGCUAGUUAUAUCAAUAAAAAUCAGCUAUUGGUUGUUUUCAGGCAUUGUUUGUAAACACAGAAAAAGUUGAAUACAAAGGCAUAGAUUAGGAAAAGUGUACAUAGUAAUAUCUAAGUUUUUGGAUUUUUCAGUGAGCACCUAUUCAACUGAUCAAUAAUCAGGAAGUGGAAGCUGCAUCACAUCCAAUCACUGCCAAGAAAAGGCUGUCCAUCAAAACUCAGUUGCCAAACAAGAGACUUGUGAGAGAAGCCAUAGAGGCCAACAAUCACUUUGAAGAAGUGUUCUCAGCCCUAGACGAAAAAGUUAUUUGUCAAUCCUAUGACCGCCCCCCCCCCCAUUCCAAUUUAACCAUUGGUAAUUGAUAACAAUAUCUAAUGCGUUGACCGAAAUCUUACCUAUGUCAAACGUUUGUAUUAUUAUCAUGUCAUCGUUUGUAUUUGUUUCUUACUUGUAAUACCAACAGCAGUGGGCAACAAAUUCAUCCAGAGCUGGCAAAUCCCACUUUUUGCUAGCACACAAUUAAAGUUACUACACAUACGAUUUCUCCUCCAUGGAGAAGAUUGGUGAAUUCGAAAAGCUGAAUGCAUGGCCACCAGAUUAACAACAACCCCUUCUGCAAUUCCAUGUACUGUGACUAUGAUUUGCAUUUUGGUUUGGCAAAUAACCAGUGUCUGAGGUCACAACUUUAGAUUUUUGGAGUUGGUACAUAUUGAAGGGUUUAUCCCUGGAGUCCUGUUUGAUCUUGUGGCUUGGAUCUGAUGAUUUUGGGAAGGCCAUUCCAGGAGUGUGUAGCACAUUUCAUGGCCGUAUUCCCCUGACCUGGUAGAAAUGGAUAGAAAGAUUAAUAUCUAUUAUACGUAAUACGUUUUCAACAGAAGGUCAUUGUGACAACGGCAAGAAGGUUAUUGUAGAUAUCUCUAAAGAGCCCCCAGAACCUGUGAGUAGACACGUCACUAAACGUAGUACACAUUUACAGUAAAUUUGGAUUAUAAUUACAGGAAUUUGUAUGGUGACAUUAAUCAGGUCUUUGGGAAUUUGUUUCGGUCUCUAGUCUACACUCCAGCACAGUUGGUGGCGGCAAUGCUUCUUUGAACUUACAAAAACACUCCAUAGAGCAAGAAAAAGAAGGAAAAAACGACGGGCGGCGGGACCUCGUGACGUAGCGUUUACAGGCCACUCGCGCUGUUUACUGUUGCUGAGAACUUUGUAAAAAGAAUUGUCGAACAUCAACAACAAAAUGUACCUAGGACUAAUUUCGGCAAUUAUGAUGAAACAAGUACUGUGACACCGUGUGAAUGGAGUCGGCGCGAGGCUCCGGGGGACUCUCCCGCGAGUACAAGCUGGUGAUGCUGGGAGAGGGAGGAGUGGGGAAGAGCGCGAUUAUAAUGCAGUUCAUCAGCCACAGGUUUCCUGAAGACCAUGACCCAACCAUAGAGGAUGCAUACAAGACACAGAUCCGGAUUGACAAUGAACCGGCCAACCUUGACAUCCUGGACACAGCAGGACAGGCGGAGUUCACUGCCAUGCGGGACCAAUACAUGCGAGCGGGUGAGGGCUUCAUCAUCUCCUACUCUAUCACAGAUAGGCGGAGCUUACAAGAGGCCCGUCAGUUCAAACAGCUCAUUGACCGUGUGCGUCGUACGGCCGACACACCUGUGGUGCUGGUUGGCAACAAGUCUGACCUGCACCAUCUUCGACAGGUGUCAGUAGAGGAGGGGAAAGAGUUGGCCCGGGAGUUCCACUGCCCUUUCUUUGAGACCUCCGCAGCAUUCCGCCUCAACAUCGAUGAGGUAUUCGCCGCCCUGGUCCGUCAGAUUCGCCAACGCGAGGCAGAGUCAGUCCGUGGCAGCGAGAGGAAGACCAGGAGGAGCCACUCGUUCUGGAGCCGCAUGCGCUUUACUUUCCACAGGAAACAGCAUUCAGAGCACUGAGGGGCACCGUGGGAACCCAUUCUUCCAGUGGUACCCUUUCUGCCCCAAUUCCUAGAUCCAACUCCCAUGAGGAGACCAGUGACUCUUAUCUGAGUUAGAUUAGGAGUGUUUGCAAUGGGCAACUAAACUAACAAUCAUCACUGAACAGAUUAGCCGUCUAUGCACAUUAGCGGAGGCAGGAACCGUGCUGAUGUACCAAGUAUGGCAGGGAAUAUUGUGAAGGUCCCACGGUAGGUUAAGUGGCACAAGAAGUGAGGGAACUUGAAGUUUAAUUUUAAGGCAGUUGGUCAGAAAGUGUUACAUGAGAUGGGGUAUGAGAUGCGAGUUCAGAAAUCUUUUUUUUUUUUUUUUUUUUUUACAGCCCUAAUAGUGAUUAUGUAAUUUUAAAGAAAAUGAUUACCUUUUAGUUUGGCAUAAACAGUCAACAUGGGGUUUUCAGUGACUGUCAAAGAAAUUGCAAAGUAAACACUCUGCACAUUUCUAUUCACUCCAGAAUUAUUCCAACAUCCAAACACGACUCUGCACUUGUGCCAUUGGAUAAAUGAAAAGAAGCAUCUGUUGCAAAACAGCAAAAUUGUGCUUAGUUAAAUUUGCUUAUUGCCGAUUGGUCUGCACACUUGCAACCUCAAUAAAUGGCUGACAAAUAUUUCUUAAAAAAAAUAAUCAGGACACCUGGAAGAGUGCUGCAGUACAGAAUGUACAUGAUUAAAAACAGUCUCCAGAUGAGACCAUUUACUAGACUAGGCUAGUUUUCGUUCCCAGACUCCCAACCAAAAUACGAAUUAUCCCCUGGCUUGGAUGCCAAGUACAAGGCAAAUAGAAAUACAUUCUUACAAUAAUGACCGAACUGUGUUGUUUAAUUUGGAAGUGUUUAUUUUAAUAUUUUACACCGGUGGAAAAUAUAUUUAACACUGCAUUUUAAACUUAUAGGGGGAAAAAAAUAGUUUCUGAAUUAAGUGCAGCUCAUGCCUACAUCAGAGGCACCAAAGCCCCCUGUAAUUUGCGUUCUGAAUGAUUUUGAAGAUUAAGUAAAGGUCCCAGAGAAUGUGGAAUACCUUGCCAGCUAAGGAAAAAGAAAGUAAUUUAUGGAAAGAAUGAAAAGGUUUUAGUAUAGAUGAUAAUGUAGGAAAAAAAUACAUUCUAAGACCAUUUACUGUGUCUAAGUGUUCAUUUUGUAUUUCAAAUGGAAAAAAUAAUUGGUUGUGGUUUAAUGUUUGUAACCUGACAUGCCUAUUCCUGGAGUUGGCACCUUGUUACAGCGGCAGUGGGUGUGGGCUUAUUUUGACCUUUUGGGAAGUUAGCGAGUGGUGCUAAUGGUGAAAAAACAUUACUGUGCAUUACAUAAAUGUGGUCCACUGAUCUAUACUGGACCGAAUCAGGCUGAAAGUUGGCAUGGGCAAUAUGUUGAUUCCAUCCAAAUUACACAACGAUCACUGGAUUUAUUUUUAUUUUUAGAAUGGAAUUCAAUGGCUGUAGCUGCCACUUUUAUGUUGAUCUACCUACAGCAGGGUCUGAUUGUCAAGACAAUGCGAAGUCCAUGUACCUCUCCUGACUGAUACACUCCUUUAGUUACCCCUGAACUGUAGUACGUCGGUUGUGCACUUAUUAUUUCAGCACUCCGUGGAUCUGGUAGUGCCACAUAGGAAAUAGGUCUAUUAUAUGUGUUGUUGUUUUGUUUUAUUUCCUGUGAUCAUGAUAAUUGUUUCAUUAAUUUAUUUUCUAUUAACAUGCUCAAAUUAAAUGCAGUGCCAUUUUCAAACUCA